UUGGCAGCGUGAGGACGCCCGUGUGGAUGCGUGGCCCGAAGAAAACAACAACAAUACCGAGUGGCAAUGUGCAAAAAUAAAAAAUCUAUAUAUAUUUUAAAUUGAAUAUAGAAAUCCGACAAACCCACUCGCACACACACACACUCGCACACACACAAACACACACAGGGCCACAGAGAGCGCGAGCGGAAAUACUAAAACGUUAAAAAGCUUGAAAGUGGAAGUAGAAACAAAAAAUUGGCCGAGUAGAAAGUGUGGCCAAAAGUGACAUCACACUCCGGGCAGCAAAAUCAGCGCAUCAGGAGCAAGCCAAAAAAAAAAAAAAAAUUACCAGGAACAUACGAGAACUCCAAAUCGAGCGGUAUUCGCACGCGUCGUCGCUCAAGGUGAGCCCGCGCCACCCCCUCCGAAAUCACCUUCCCGAACACCCCGCACCACACCCCCCCGAAACCCACUAUUCGCGUCCAAAAAAGCAAAAAAAAAAAACCAAAAAUUAAUCUCAACAACUGGCACGACAAGUAGUCGCCGACGAAAAGUCACCGCCAAGUAUCAACAAAAGGAAAUAAAUUAAAAAUUGUCGCUACGCAGCGCGAGACGACGGAUUCGAUAGCGGUUUGGUCAGCGGUACGGUUACGGUUGCGUUUUUUCUCCCGAUUUUCUGGCCUAAGCUAAGCAGCUAUGAAGCCCACUGUGAUGGCAGCCAAUCAGGCGCAAAGCAAUCCCCCGAACGCCGGUGGCAAUGGAGCACCGAGUGGACCCGGAGUGAAUAUACCCGUUAAUCGAGAGUACGUGAGCGGUGGCUACGGAUCGCCACAGCAGCAGGCGGGGCAGAGCCCCCACUUCCACAAUCCCCCAAAUGCUUACGGAUCGCCCAGGCAGCAGCCGCAGCACUUUCAGCAGGUUCCCCCGAAUCAGCAGCAGCAACACUUUCAGCCGUCUUUUGGAUUUGAACCGAGCAUGGACAUGGACAACAUGUUCCCGCGCUCGCAUCUGGGCAGGAUGCACGAUCCCUUCGCGGGAUUCGGCGACUCACGUAAGCGGAGCAGUUUGCACGGUGGUGGCCAAGCCAAUGCUGACGAUGACUUUUCAUCCUAUUUCGACGACCCAGACUUUGGAUUCCCCCGCUUCUCGACGAUGGGCCGCAGAGGUCGAAUGGCCGGCGGGGCGAACAGUCACAUGGAUCACGACGAUGACUUCUUCAACCGGCUGCCCUCGGAGUUCCGUCAGUACAUCCCCGACGGGUUUGGGGCCAGACGCGGUCAAGGAGUUCCUGCACCAGGACACCCUGCACCCCAGCAACAGCAGCCGCAGCAGCAGCCACAUCCCCAGGCGCAGCAGCACUACCAGUACGCUGUGCCUCCCCAGCAGCAGCCAGUCUAUGUGGGAUCACCGCAGCCGCAGCAGCAACAGGUGCCCCAGUCGCCAUCGAAGCGCCUUUGCGAUGCGGCCAUUCAAACGGAGGAUCCCACCGGUCGCUCCGAGGUGGACUGUGCUCCGCCCUCCAAUCUGAAUCAGCACGGACUGCGCAACACCGUGGACAUGGGCGUGAAGAGUGCCGCCGAGCAGGAUCAGGGAUUGCGCUCCCACUCCGCCCCGCCGCCAGAGCAGCAGCAGCAGAAUCUGCUCUACCAGCAGCAGCAUCCGCAGCAGCAGCAGCACCACCAGCAACCGCAGCAACAGUUCGGCACCCAGACCAGUCCACCGGUGCAGGGUGGUCCGCAGUUCAAGACCUACUACGCUCCCCAGCAGCAGACGCAUCCGCAGCAGAAGCAGGCCACUCCGCCGCCAGCUCCACAGACGCCCGGCGGCACCUAUGUGCGCACCAUUCCCAUCUUCGUGGAGGGACGCACCGAGCCGAUCAUCAAUGCCCACAAGGAGAUACCAAACCAGAAUGCUCCGCCCAGUGCCCAAGCUCAGGCGCAGGCUCAAGCUCAGGCACAGGCUCAGGCUCACUAUGCUCCACCGCAGCAGCAGAGACCCACGCCACUGAACACCCAGCAGGCGGCGGCGCAUCCCGCUGACCAGGAGGUGCCGGCCGAGGGAGUUGCUGGUCUGCCUCCUCAGACGCCGCACACCCUCAACUCGAUCAACAAGAUCCAGGAUAUCCAGCGGGACGUCCUCGAGCUGAUGGGCAAGGUGGAGCAGUUCAAGGGAACGCGCGAGGAGAAGGAGUACGCCUACCUGGACGAGAUGCUGACCCGCAAUCUGCUCAAGCUGGACACCAUCGACACGAAUGGCAAGGACAGCAUUCGACUGGCUCGAAAGGAGGCCAUCAAAUGCAUUCAGGCUUCGAUAAAUGUGCUGGAGGCCAAGGCCGAGGAGAAUGCCAGGGCGGCGUCGGGAGCCGGAGCUGCACCAGCAGCAGUAGUCAACCCAGUGGAGCCGGCCGAGGCAGCAGUUGCCCCAGAAGCCACUGGCCAGGCAGCGGAGCCAGUUACUCCACAGCCACAGGAUGCUACGAAAAUCCAGGAGCCCAUCCCUCUGCCGCCGCCACCGAAUGCUGCGCCCGCGGAAGGAUCAGCCGAAGCGACUGCGGCGGAGGAGCCAGCUGCUGCUGCUGCUGGACAAGCCACUCAGAUCGCCGCGCAGACGGAGACGACCACAACGACGUCGGAAUGAUGAACAGAGCGCCUCUACAAGGCGACCGUUUCGAAGCAGCUACGCAAAUUAACCAAAUUCAAGUGACAGACCGGCGGAGUCCCCGAUCCCGACGACUCAUUAAAAGGACAGCGACAAGGACCUCAUCCAUCUGAGAGAGAGAGGUCAAAGGUGAAUGCGAACUGGAUGCGGAUGUGAAUAUGUGAACAAGAGGAGGGAGCUGGCGGUGGAUCUUUGCUAGUAUUUCGUAGAAGCACACCCGUACUAUCUGAACAUGCAAAUCUCACGUGUGUCGAAGCACUCAACAACACCCACUCAUCCCCGCACAUCAUGCAUACACAGCACACACACCUCACCCACACACACACACAGCAUAGAUUAUAGGCUAGUAAGGAAAUUAAUAUUGAGAAAAAGUGCCUGCAUAGAAUUCGGAAGUUAACAAACAGAACGAACGCGAAAGCGAUUUGGCAACCGAGAGUUGUCCUUCACCUAAAAAGAGCUGAUUAUGUUUAAGCGAAUAUAGAAGAAGAUCACCGUGAGGAUAUGAUAUUUUUGAACCUGAGUCCAGUUUUUAUACGUAAAUUGCACCGAGGGGCAGCUAAAUGGGCAGAGCGAGCCGCCGUAUGAUCUCAUACAAAUCUACAGCCAUCGCGCUUGCUUGCCACAGCCACCUCAUUUUAAAUACACACCACACACACACGGCCUUACUGCAGGUGAAUUGUUAAAGAAAAGUAAAAACACACAUCUAGAAGAACUACGAUAACUAUUUAUGCUACUAAUUAAUGCGAAAAUAAAUGUAGAUAUUGUUGACUAUA